AACGCACACAUCGAAGUGGUUUAUUCACAUUCACACAUUAACAAAAAGAAAAGUAAACUGUGUGAAUGUGAGUGAUCGUUUCGUUCCUCGCUGCUUGCUGGAAAGACAGACAGUUUAUUGUUUUGUUUUAGAAAAAGUGUUUCGUUAGGUUAGGCAGAAGUGUUGUUAACGUUUAUUAGUUUUAAAAUAACUUAAGCUUCAUCGUGUUGAAUAAAAAAAUUAAGUUCACUUCAACUUCUUGUCCAGAAUUUAUUAUUUCACCACGAGACCAGUGAAAUUCUUUGUUUUUCCACAUUUCUAGCUGUUAUGUUAACGCAGUUAUUUUAAAGAAACUUUAUGGGAAAUAUCUUCGGAACGGCGAGGUGACAAAGGCUGAAAAUGACUGUGGAGAAGAGCAAAGGCUUAGAGCCCAAAAAGCCACCAGCGACGAGGAAGGUGGCACCUGAUGGCGGGUGGGCAUGGAUGGUUUGCUUAGGAGUCAGUUUAGUAAACUUUUCGACGCGUUCUCUUGAGCCGUCGUUUGGUUUGCUGUUCAAAGAUCUACUGGAUGAUCUCGGGGUCCACACAACUGGUGCUUCAGUGAUUGCCAGUACACUAGACUCUGUAGUCAAUUUCUCUGGCUUCUUUGUGGGGCCUGUGAUAAAAACAUUUUCGUACCGGAAAGUGUGCUUCGUGGGCUCCACAAUAUGUGCCCUUGGUUUACUUUUCACCGCACCAGCUGCCAGCAUGGGACACAUUAUCACUACUUACAGUAUUUUAGGAGGUUUCGGAGUGGGUCUCGCGUCGUCCUCAUCGUUCGUGUCGCUCAACCAUUACUUCUCUAAGAAGCGAGGUCAAGCCGUCGGACUUUCGAUGGCCGGUACUGGCUUCGGGUUGAUGGUGAUGCCACAGCUAGUCAAACUCUUACUAGGAGAAUACGGGUUCCGCUGGACGGUCGUCAUAUUGGGCGCCUUAGCCUUCCAUGCCGUACUAGGUUCCUGUCUACUGCAACCAGUUAAAAGACAUCUCAUUGAUGAACCAGUGGAUUGUGAAAUGCAAACAGUGAAGGAAAUGGAGUGUAUAUUAGAAAGUGAAGAAGAAAACGAUGACAAAUUUGAAAUAAAUCCACUUGUCUCACCUCAAAUACCAAAGAUAAUAAAGCAACGAUCACACACCAACAUGAACCAUCCUUCCGUGCGGACGAUAGGCUUACCAAGGGCUAAGACCUGUGAUAAGCCCUUACAGGAAUUUGAAAAGUUCGAAAUAAAUAACAAGCUGUACCCAGGGUUGACAACUGCUGCGUCAGUGGCUGCUAUGCCGCGAGUGACAUCUAGUGGUAGUAUGAGUGAAGCUGCGCGCAAGAGAAAAGUGUCAGUUAUUUCAAAUAUAUCCAACAUGGACUUCACUGGCAGUUAUUUGCAGUUGUAUCUCGAUACAGUGCAAGACGACGACGCCAUACAAAUGAAGCCAAUCAAGAAAGCGGAACCCGAAGAAAAGAAGAAGGGUUUCUUUAGAAGAUUUAUAGCACUUAUGGACUUAGAUUUACUUAAAGACUGGUCGUUUUUGAACCUUUUACUAGGGCUCUCGCUGUUUUGGAGCGGAGAGCUACAAUUUAGGAUGUUGACUCCAUUCUUUAUAAGAAGUUUGGGCUACAAUAUGAAUGACACGGCGUUUUGCCUCUCAAUGACUGCCAUUACCGAUAUUUUGGUGCGGUUGAUCUUACCACCUAUAUUUGACAGAACGACCAUUUCGAAGAAAAUGAUAUUCUUUAUUUCUUCAUUCUUCUUGGCGGCGACUAGAUCUGUAUUAGCAGAGCAAACGGAAUGGGUGCCUCUGAUGAUCUGGCUGUCCAUCUGCGGGUUCUUCCGAGGAAUGUGUCUGAGUAACUUCACUUUGACUAUCUCCGAGUAUUGUCCUCUUGAGAAGCUCCCAGCCGCCUUCGGCCUACAUAUGGUCAGCAAAGGAGUUUUCGUUGUUGCUAUUGGACCUUUGAUUGGAUACGUGAGAGAUUACACCGGUAGCUUCGCGACCUGUAUCCACGUGCAGAAUGCUCUCAUAAUGUCUUGUGUACUUGUAUGGGGCGUCGAGUACGCGCUCGCCUUCACUCGCCGCAGGAAAGUCGUGCAAAUAUAGUGACCGUAAUGUUCCAUCGAGGAACUAAAGCUCACCGUAUUACUGUUAUAUCGAUUAUAUCCACUAUUUAGACAUGUUAUAAUCUUGUCUAUCUAUUAAUGCUUUUAUAAGUACAUUUUAAUAUCGCAACUCAUGUAAGAGCAAGCGGGAAACAGUGCAGUUAAUAAUCUCUGUCAAGUUUCUCAAUACAUUUUACAGCGUAUACAUAGAAGUUAGUGUUUUCUCUGAGUUUUUAUGAUGGGUCAGUCCAUAUCAUUACCAUAUCAAAAUAUUUUGCUCUAAAUGAAAUUCAUUAACUGCACUGUCUCCAUAAAUGGUGAUUUAAAUAUUUAACUUUAUGUAUUUACGAGAAUACUCCGUAUUUUACGCUCGUAAAGAAUUGUUGACUACAAUAGUCUGUGACACAGACUUCCUUUCCAUACAAAAAUACGUAUCUAUAAUCAACGAACUAAAUGAUAUUAUAUUUGAAAUUUUCUCUAAAACUGCUCUCUAGAGCCGAAACUGAAUUGGCCAUGACUAUCAUCGUUCAUUUUCUCACAAAAAUCUAACAAUUUAAUCAUGAGCAU